AUGAGGGGCCAGGCCGCCGCCCCGGGCCCCCUCCGGACCCUGUGCCCCCCACUGCUGCUGGUGCUGCUGGUGCUGGGGCGCCGGGCGCGGGCGGCCAUGGGGGCAGACGCGGGGCCCGGGGCCGAGCCGUGUGCCACGCUGGUGCAGGGCAAGUUCUUCGGCUACUUCUCGGCGGCCGCCGUGUUCCCCGCCAACGCCUCGCGCUGCUCCUGGACCCUGCGCAACCCUGACCCUCGGCGCUACACGCUCUACAUGAAGGUGGCCAAGGCGCCCACGCCCUGUGGCGGCCCUGGCCGCGUCCGCACCUACCAGUUCGACUCCUUCCUGGAGUCCACACGCACCUACCUGGGCGUGGAAAGCUUCGAUGAGGUACUGCAGCUCUGUGACCCCUCGGCGCCCCUGGCCUUCCUGCAGGCCAGCAAGCAGUUCCUGCAGAUGCUGCGCCAGCAGCCACCUCUGGACCGAGGCCCCCGGCUGCUGGGGGGUCCCCCGGGCCCCAGCGACGACUUCUCCGUGGAGUACCUGGUCGUGGGCAACCGCAACCCCAGCCGGGCCGCCUGCCAGAUGCUGUGCCGCUGGCUGGAUGCCUGUCUGGCGGGCAGCCGCAGCUCCCACCCCUGCGGCAUCAUGCAGACCCCCUGUGCCUGCGUGGGCGGGGACACCGGCGACCCUGCCCCCGGCUCCCUGGCCCCCCGCGGGGAUGUCUGCCUGAGGGACGGCAUGGCUGGCGGCCCUGAGAACUGCCUCACCAGCCUGACCCAGGAUCAGGGCGGGGAUGGCGCAGCAGGUGGCUGGAAGCUGUGGUCCCUGUGGGGCGAGUGCACUCGGGACUGCGGGGGAGGCCUACAGACGCGGACGCGCACCUGCCUGCCGGCUCCCGGCACCGAGGGCCGCGGCUGCGAGGGGGUGCUGGAGGAGGGCCGCCUGUGCAACCGCAAGGCCUGCGGCCCGGCCAGCCGCACCAGCUCCCGAAGCCAGUCCUUGCGAUCCACAGACGCUCGGCGGCGCGAGGAGCCGGGGGAGGAGCUGCAGCAGUUCGGGUUCCCGUCCCCACAGACAGGUGACCCCGCAGCCGAGGAGUGGUCCCCGUGGAGCGUGUGCUCCAGCACCUGCGGCGAGGGCUGGCAGACCCGCACGCGCUUCUGCGUGUCCUCUUCCUACAGCACGCAGUGCAGCGGGCCCCUGCGCGAGCAACGGCUGUGCAACAACUCGGCGGUGUGUCCAGUGCAUGGCGCCUGGGACGAGUGGUCGCCUUGGAGCCUCUGCUCCAGCACCUGUGGCCGUGGCUUCCGAGACCGCACGCGCACCUGCAGGCCCCCCCAGUUUGGAGGCAACCCCUGUGAGGGCCCUGAGAAGCAAACUAAGUUUUGCAACAUUGCCCUGUGUCCUGGUAGGGCCGUGGACGGAAACUGGAACGAGUGGUCAGGCUGGAGCGCGUGCUCCACCAGCUGCUCCCAGGGCCGACAGCAGCGCACACGGGAGUGCAACGGACCUUCCUACGGGGGCGCCGAAUGCCAGGGCCACUGGGUGGAGACUCGAGACUGCUUCCUCCAGCAGUGCCCAGUGGAUGGCAAGUGGCAGGCCUGGGCAUCGUGGGGCGGCUGCAGUGUCACGUGUGGGGGCGGCACACAGCGACGGGCGCGCGCCUGCUCCGGCCCAUUCUUCGGGGGGGCAGCCUGCCGGGGCCCGCAGGAUGAGUUUCGGCAGUGUGGCGCCCAGCGGUGUCCUGAGCCCCAUGAGAUCUGUGAUGAGGACAACUUUGGCACGGUGGUCUGGAAAGAGACUCCGGCAGGAGAGGUGGCUGCCGUCCGGUGUCCCCGCAAUGCCACAGGCCUCAUCCUGCGACGCUGUGAGCUGGACGAGGAGGGCAUCGCCUACUGGGAGCCCCCCACCUACAUCCGUUGUGUCUCCAUCGACUACCGGAACAUCCAGAUGAUGACCCGGGAGCACCUGGCGAAGGCUCAGCGUGGGCUGCCUGGGGAGGGAGUCUCCGAGGUGAUUCAGACGCUGGUGGAGAUCUCCCAGGACGGGACCAGCUACAGUGGGGACCUUCUUUCCACCAUUGAUGUCCUGAGGAAUAUGACGGAGAUCUUCCGGAGGGCGUACUACAGCCCCACCCCUGGGGAUGCGCAGAACUUUGUGCAGAUCAUCAGCAACCUGCUGGCGGAAGAGAACCGGGACAAGUGGGAGGAGGCCCGGCUGAUGGGCCCCAAUGCCAAGGAGCUCUUCCGGCUGGUGGAGGACUUUGUGGGCGUCAUCGGCUUCCGCAUGAAGGACCUUCGGGAUGCGUACCAGGUCACAGACAACCUGGUCCUCAGCAUCCAUAAGCUUCCGGCCAGUGGAGCCACGGAUAUCAGCUUCCCCAUGAAGGGCUGGCGGGCCACGGGCGACUGGGCCAAGGUGCCAGAGGACAGGGUCACGGUGUCCAAGAGCGUCUUCUCCACAGGGCUGGCAGAGGCUGAUGACUCGUCUGUGUUCGUGGUGGGCACCGUGCUCUACAGAAACCUGGGCAGCUUCCUGGCCCUGCAGAGGAACACGACCGUGCUGAACUCCAAGGUCAUCUCCGUGACUGUGAAGCCCCCACCCCGCUCCCUGCUCACGCCCUUGGAGAUUGAGUUUGCCCACGUGUACAACGGCACCACCAACCAGACCUGUAUCCUGUGGGACGAGUCGGAUGUGCCCUCCUCCCCCGCCCCCCCGCAGCUCGGGCCCUGGUCGUGGCGCGGCUGCCGCACGGUGCCCCUCGACGCCCUCCGGACGCGCUGCCUCUGUGACCGGCUCUCCACCUUCGCCAUCUUAGCCCAGCUCAGCGCCGACGCGAACAUGGAGAAGGUGAUCGUGCCGUCGGUGACGCUCAUCGUGGGCUGUGGCGUGUCGUCCCUCACCCUGCUCAUGCUGAUCAUCAUCUACGUCUCCGUGUGGAGGUACAUCCGCUCGGAGCGGUCUGUCAUCCUCAUCAACUUUUGCUUGUCCAUCAUCUCCUCCAAUGCCCUCAUCCUCAUCGGGCAGACCCAGACUCGCAAUAAGGUGGUGUGCACGCUCGUGGCUGCCUUCCUGCACUUCUCCUUCCUGUCGUCCUUCUGCUGGGUGCUCACCGAGGCCUGGCAGUCCUACAUGGCCGUGACAGGCCGACUCAGGAGCCGCCUCAUCCGCAAACGCUUCCUCUGCCUGGGCUGGGGGCUUCCUGCGCUGGUCGUGGCCAUUUCUGUGGGAUUCACCAAGGCCAAAGGGUACAGCACCAUGAACUACUGCUGGCUCUCCCUGGAGGGGGGACUGUUGUACGCCUUCGUGGGACCGGCCGCCGCUGUUGUGCUGGUGAACAUGGUCAUCGGGAUCCUGGUGUUCAACAAGCUUGUGUCCAAGGAUGGCAUCACGGACAAGAAGCUGAAGGAGCGGGCAGGGGCCUCACUCUGGAGCUCCUGCGUGGUGCUGCCCCUGCUGGCGCUGACCUGGAUGUCGGCCGUGCUCGCCGUCACCGACCGCCGCUCAGCCCUCUUCCAGAUCUUGUUCGCUGUCUUUGACUCGCUGGAGGGCUUCGUCAUAGUGAUGGUGCACUGCAUCCUGCGCAGAGAGGUCCAGGACGCCGUGAAGUGUCGCGUGGUGGACCGCCAGGAGGAGGGCAACGGGGACUCGGGGGGCUCCUUCCAGAACGGCCAUGCCCAGCUCAUGACUGACUUCGAGAAGGACGUGGAUCUGGCCUGUAGAUCAGUGCUGAACAAGGACAUUGCGGCCUGCCGCACGGCCACAAUCACGGGCACGCUCAAGCGGCCGUCGCUGCCCGAGGAGGAGAAGCUAAAGCUAGCCCACGCCAAGGCGCCCCCCGCCAACUUCAACAGCCUGCCAGCCAACGUGUCCAAGCUGCACCUGCACGGCUCGCCCCGCUGUCCGGGCGGCCCCCUGCCCGACUUCCCCAACCACUCACUGACCCUCAAGAAGGACAGGGCACCCAAGUCCUCCUUUGCCGGUGAUGGGGACAUCUUCAAGAAGCUGGACUCGGAGUUGAGCCGGGCUCAGGAGAAGGCCCUGGACACCAGCUACGUAAUCCUGCCCACGGCCACAGCCACGCUGCGGCCCAAGCCCCAGGAGGAGCCCAAGCACAGCAUCCACAUCGAUCAGAUGCCCCAGACCCGCCUCAUCCACCUCAACAUGGCACCUGACGCCGGCCUCCCUGCCCGCAGCCCACCCACCCGCCAGCCCCCAGGCGGUGGGCCCCCGGAGGCCCCCCCUGCCCAACCCCCACCGCCCCCACCACCCCCACCCCCGCCACCCACCCUAGAGCCAGCGCCCCCCAGCCUGGGGGAGCCCGGGGAGCCCGCUACCCACCCGGGGCCCAGCUCGGGGGCCGGGACCAGGAACGAGAACGUCUCCACCUUGUCCGUGAGCUCCUUGGAGCGGCGGAAAUCGCGGUAUGCAGAACUGGACUUCGAGAAAAUCAUGCACACGCGGAAGCGGCACCAGGACAUGUUUCAGGAUCUGAACCGGAAGCUGCAGCACGCGGAGAAGGACAAGGAGGUGCUAGGCCCAGACAGCAAGCCAGAAAAGCAGCAGACACCCAACAAGCGGCCCUGGGAGAGCCUUCGGAAAGCCCACGGGACGCCUGCAUGGGUGAAGAAGGAACUGGAGCCGCUGCCGCCGUCCCCACUGGAGCUGCGGAGCGUGGAGUGGGAGAAGUCAGGCGCCACGAUCCCGCUGGUGGGCCAGGACAUCAUCGACCUCCAGACUGAGGUCUGA